UUUUCCUGUUCUCUUUUAGGUUGUCUGGCGUCGAAUCGAAGAGGAUCGGUUCCUUACGAUAGGAAAGAUGACGUGGACUUCAGACCCCAACAUAUCAAUGGACCCCUCUCGAAAACCAGGUCAAAUCACCAACUGGGACCUGGUGAUACGCCACUUGAAGCCCAAAGACGCCGGCGUGUACGAGUGUCAGAUAACCUCCAAGGCCGGGCUCGUGAGAUUUGUCACUCUCAACGUCGUGGGCCCGCCGAUCACCAAACCAGAUGCCAGCCAACUGCACAGAGAGCGGCCCAAAGGCCCAGCACCCAACCUGACGGUCAGCGUGUGCGGCGCCGCUGACAUGCAUGGAUGUUUGAUCUCUAUCACUGGCAAAAGGUACGUAAAUCUCGGAGAGCGGAUACACCUUGUGUGCAACGCGUCCGGGGGAGUCCGGAUACCUGACGAGAUCGACUGGUUCAAGGCCGGGGACAAGAUUGAUUCGGUCAAGUACAGAAAUAUUGUGAUCGAAAAAUAUCAAAGCAUGGCUCACCGGUCUUUCAUCUCUGAGCUGAUCAUAGACCACAGCUCGCUGCACGACACAGGGGACUACAUCUGUAGAAGCAGUCGGAACGACAUCGCCAACCUCAAAGUCACUGUAUUACACGCUGGAAGGGACAACUACAGGAGAGGUACAGCGGAAGCUGGCAGCCAGGGCGGAGGGACUGACCCCGCUGGACUCUCGUCCUACAAGUGUAGAAUACUCCUGCUGGAGAUAUGUCUGGCAGCCAUGUUGACUUUGAACUUCUCGUUUUUUGGCCUAUAUUCCUGACCGGUUUGGACUGAGCAUUGCUAGUGCAGUUGUACGGGCAUCAGCUAUUUCAUUCUUGUUGGAACGGUUUCGGGAAGUCCUUUUUGGUGAUGAGGUUCGUAAUACAAUCCCAGUGUAUUUGUAAGUGUAAUGCGGUGGCAUUUCUUUUAUACUAUUAUUUAAAUGACACUACAUACGGCAAAGACUUUGGAGAAGAGAGACCUCCAUUUAAAGAAAUGUCUCCAGUGGUCCAUUUUAACGCUCGUGUGGUAUCCUAUACAGAUUUUCACUGGCUGUGUAUAGUUUGGUGUACAUAAUGAUAUGUGUUCGUGAUUGGAGCCAAAUUAUUUCAUUUAUUUUAUUAAAUAAAGUGCAAUGUACGAUAUCUGUU